AUGGCGACCGACACAGGGGGCAGCUCCCAGCUCCCUGUCCGCACCACAGCCUCCGCUUCAAGCUCGGUGCAACGCGAAAAUGGGUCAACAUUCGACGUCGUGCGCACCUACCGCGAACUCUUAAAUUCCGACCGCGACCUCACAAUGGGCGUAGCCGCCAUCGAGUCCCUAAUCGAACUCCUCCGCGCCACCUCCUCCUCCACCGCAAUGGAACUAGUCGAAACCGUCAAAAAAGAAAAAGCCAAACUCCUCGCCUCAGCACCCAACCCCCUCCCCCUCCUCGCCGGCGCCGACCUGUUCGAACAGUACCUGCUGCGAUCGCUUAGAGGGCCCGCAGCAGCAACCACCUCGACGGGUGCCGGAUCGGGAGCCGGCGGUGGUGGCGGUGGCGCCGACCGCGUGCUCAGUUUCGACGAGACACGCCAGCACCUCCUGGAGAACAAAGACCUGUUUGCGCAGCGCGCCAAGGCCGACCGCGAUAGCAUCGCCAUCUGGGGCAGCCGGUACGUGUCCGACGGGCGGGUGGUGCUUACCGCGGGGGGCAGUCGCACGGUGACUAAGAUCUUGCUGCGUGCCGCUGCGGAUCAGAGCAAGCAUUUCAAGGUGAUCUAUAUUGUGGAUGGGCACAACAAGCGCAGUGAUGUGGCGGUGGCGCAGUUACGUGAGGCGGGGUUGGAGGUUGAGACUAUCUCGCCGCAUAAGGUUGCUUAUGUGCUGGUUAACCAGAAGCAGAUUAACUUGGUGCUGGUUGGUACGGAGGUGGUUAUGCAGAAUGGGGGGAUUAUUUCUGGUAUGGGCACCGCGCAGCUGGCGCAUUUGACGAAGACGGUUAAGGGGGGGAUUAAGAGGUUUUAUGUGGCUGCUGAGACGCACAAGAUCUGCCGCAAGACUCCGAUCGCGUACCCGGUUGUUAACAGGGUUGGUGUCAACCAGAAGGACAUCAGCAAGUUUGAGAAUGUCGGGGUUGAUGUCGGGGAUGUCGUGGCUGCCAUGGUGGCCGAGCAGGAUGAGGUUGAUUAUACCGAUCCGGAGCUUAUCGACGGCAUUAUCACGGAACAGGGCGUGAAGAUGACGUCCCAGAUUUGGGAGAUGGUGGAUAAUUACAUUUGA